AUGGAAUACGAUGGUAUCGUCGCAGAUCUGAACCAGAAUUCCCCGAUUUCCCGUCUUGUUCCUGACAUCCUCAUCGAUAUAUUUCAACGCGUGCACAAUCUUCAUAUGAACGAGUGGAACCCCCGAAAUUACGGACUCCUCGACAUCUCCCAUGGCCGGAUAGCCCUCACCCGCGUUUGUCGCCGCUGGCGAUCAAUCUCACUCAACAUGCCUUCUCUGUGGCGAAACAUAACUUUUUCUACGCCGGGAUGGACGCAAGAAAUGCUGUUGCGCUCGCGUCCGUUGUCUGUUGAUAUCCAUUUCAACUCGGACUGUCAUCGAGAUUAUGGCCCCGGAAAGCGGGAUUUAUCAGAGUUGAAUGCACUUGCUGUGGAGAGCAUCUCGCGGGCGCGGAAGCUACGAUUGGUGGACAAGGUGGUAGAUGUGAUAAUUCUUUCCGUAACACCCGCCCCAUUGCUAGAAGAGCUGCACCUUUCCCGACUCUAUCCACAUCUGCGACACGCUACACGUAUCGUCCCACCAUCCAUCUUUGAUGGAAAGGCUCCCCGCCUCCAGAAGCUAUUCCUCCACGAGUUGACCAUUCAUCCAGCUUCUCCGAUCCUCUUUGGCCUGACGUUCUUGGAAAUUCGCAAUGGAGCCGGUGCCGCACACCACCCACUGUCAGAAUGGCUCCACGCCCUUAUGUACAUGCCCCAGCUAGAGCAUCUCCACCUUGGACAUGCACUGUCUCCAGGCUCGCAGGAUCCGAACUUCCCAAUGGUCACGCUUUCGCAUUUGAAAACACUCGGCCUAGGAGUCCUCGCCCUCUCUGACUGUAUUGAAUUCACUAAUCAUAUUUCUAUCCCAUCUGCUACGUUCGUCGAAGUCAACAUUAUUGAGAUCCAAAUGAAUAGGCCCACGCCACGCAAUAUGAUUCCAUCCUAUGCUGAAAGGCCUAUCAAGGCGCUUCGUAUAACUUUCAUGGAGUGUGGAUUCUCAGUCGAUGGAGAGUUGGACGAUUCAUCCAGCUUGAAAAUUUCUGUCAUCGACUACGGUGAUCUUAUGAGUGAGGCAGCCGCAAAUAAUAUUCUUCCUACCCUCGCACACUUCAACGUCAGAUUUGUUCACGAUCUCACCAUCCAUAUCUCCGAGCUGCGGCUCGAUUGGUCGCCUAUACUUUCCCGCUUUCCCUCCGUCAACACUCUUCACGUUACUGGAACAUCCUUGGACAUCUUUGCGAUUGCACUUGCGCAUUCCACUAGUGCGGGUCCAGUGUGCCCGAGUCUAAGGCGGCUUGGAUUUCAGUACGAGAUGCCGGAGAUAUACGACGAGCAUAUAAUCCAUAAAGAUUUUUUCAAUAUCUUGCAAAGAGUGGUCGACACCAGGAAGGCCAAUGGAGCCGUGCUUGAAGAACUUAUCGUCUUUGGAGAGGCAGUUCCACAGAGUGAAGGAGCUGUAGACACGACGGCAUUGGGUCUACGGAAGGUCCCAGACGAUUAUUUCUUCAAUAGAGAUAGAGAAAGCCUCUCCGACAGGGCUUUGCUGGUUGAGGAUAUUGCCACAGAGAGCGCGUCUUUGUGA